ACUCUCUCACUGUCUCGGUCCUGCUGUUUGUGUAGCGCUACAGGGACCCGAAUAAAGCCGAAAUAAACACGAACAUCUGCGGCUUCGCAGUCCGUCACGGAAGCACUGACCGACUCUCGGGAGUCGCUAAGCGCCCGUUCGUGUCGUGUUUCGCUCCAAUGGCUUGACAGGGCGGAUAUUUGCCCCACCGUGCCUUGUAGUUGACAGAGGCCUGACAGCUCCAGCGGCUGCUGCUCCAGCUCCAGCUCCAGCAUGGCUCCGGGACUGUGGGCCGUGGCGGCCGCCGCGCUGCUGCUGCUGCUGGCGGGCCCCGGCGGCGCCUCGCAGGGCGAUAAGGAGCCGGUUUACCGGGACUGCGUGAAGCAGUGCAGCCGAACCAACUGCACUGGAGCCCGGCUGAGAGGCUUCCAGUCCGCGCAGCCUCCGUACAUGGCGCUCACAGGCUGGACGUGUCGCGAUGACUGCCGGUACCAGUGCAUGUGGACCACAGUGGGGCUGUACCAGGCCGAAGGCUACAGAGUACCUCAGUUCCAUGGGAAGUGGCCGUUUGCACGGUUCCUGUGUUUUGAGGAGCCGGCGUCGGCGUUGGCGUCUCUGCUGAACGGCCUGGCCUGCCUGCUCAUGCUGCUCCGCUACCGCAGCGCCGUCCCCCGCCAGAGCCCCAUGUACCACACCAUCACCGCCUUCUCACUGGUGUCCCUGAAUGCCUGGUUUUGGUCUACAGUGUUCCACACUAGAGACACGUAUCUGACUGAGAAGAUGGACUAUUUUUGUGCAUCAGCGGUAAUCCUCUACUCCAUCUACCUGUGCUGCGUCAGGACGUUGGGUUUGCGGCGGCCGGGAGUGUCCAGCAUGGUGGGCGUUCUGCUCAUCCUGGCUUUCACCUCCCACGUCUCCUAUCUCACCUUCGUCAGCUUCGACUACGGAUACAACAUGGCUGCCAACGCCACUAUAGGCAUGAUAAACCUACUGUGGUGGCUGGGCUGGUGCUGGCAGAACCGGAGGACGCUGCCCUACUGGUGGAAGUGUGGAGUGGUGGUGGUGAUGCUGCACGGCCUGGCCCUGCUGGAGCUCCUGGAUUUCCCGCCACUCUUCUGGGUGCUGGACGCCCACGCUGUCUGGCACCUCAGCACUGUACCCGUCCACUUCCUCUUCUACAGUUUCCUGAUAGACGACAGCCUCCACCUCCUCAACACAGAGAAGAUCGGAGUCAAGCUGGAAUAGGAGGAGCCGGUCUCAGAGCCCCGCCCCCUCCUCUCAUCUCCCUCCAAUCAGGGCAAGCGGGAGCCGGAGUGGGAUGGGUCUCAGUCUCUGUGGUCGCCUGCAUGACUCCCGUGGCCGACUUUGUGAAUUCCAUCUGAGUUUGUUUGUUUGUUUGUUUACAGUUCACUUUUUACUGAAUUUCUGUAUUCUGCUAUGGACGGAAGAGAAUUUCUUCUUUUAUUUUUUUUUCCUCCCCCAUCCGCGUCCUGUUAGGAACUUGAUUGACGUUUGCAUCUGCCAAGCUUUGCCUUGAUUUGAAGUGUUAUGAUAGCUAUUAUGGUCUAAUGUUAGUGUUUUACGAUUACGUUUUGCUGGAUGUUUGAAUUCAGGAGGGGUUUUAAGUGAAAGUCCAGUGUAAGUUAGUGUCUUUGGGGUCUGAGGCCCCCCUGUGCAUUUGGAUGUCCUCAGGGUGCAGUACUGGCAACUACCAGCAGAGAGGAGAAGAGUUCUUCUCCUGGUGAGACACAAGAGUUUUACUAAAUCCCAACGUCUGCAGAAAACAUAGCGAAUAUUUGAUUAUGUAGAUGUAGCUAAAAGGACCCCUGAAGCUUUUUUUGUUGAUCAGAGGGGAAACCUGAAAUCUUAAGACUAAGUGUGGGAUGGAGUGUGUGUGUGUGUAUAUAUAUAUAUAUAUAUAUAUAUAUAUAUAUAUAUAUAUAUAUAUAUAUAUAUAUAUAUAUAUAUUAGUGGUACUUGUGGGUCUUCUACUUGUGCCCUUCAUUAUAAGAUGAAAACUGGAGUGCUAACGUAGGUAAAAAGCAUGAGAUGGCGAGAGAGUCUAAUCUGCGAUGAGUGUGAAUGAGAAGUUUGCCAUUUUGCUUUGCCUGUAACUUUUUGCCUUUAAUUUUAACUUGCUUUGCCUUGUUUUUCCGUUUUUCCAUUGCUGCUUUGUCUGAGCUACAUUUGACCCUUUUUCCAUUCCAUUUGUUAUUUAAUUUUGCUGUGUAACGUUGAUUUCCCAUUGCUGAUCACGAGGUGCUUUUAUUUUGCUUUUUCUUCAGGUUAUUUGACCAUUAAGUGGUUUCAUUUUUUCACCUGGGAUGCCUUUGGAGGAGUGUAUUUGAAUGAGGGGUGGUAAAAGAGGGAUGUGUGAGGGUGUAGUGAGGUGUGGGGUGUUGGGUUGUGUGUGUGCGAAUGUGUACCCGUGUGGUUUUAGCCUUUUUUUGUGUGUCAGUCUAACAGUGCGCUUUUACCUCGGGUUUAUUUCGCUCUACCAUUCACAGUGACUGAGCCCUAACUAAGCUAAAUAACCUUUCCGAGCUCCGCCCACAAGCACACUCAGCAACUGCUGACAAACCGUAGCUGAUGGCCGACGUGUUUCACCAAAAAUCUCCUUCAGUGUAAUCGGGGUAGUAAAAUGCUGCGUCCCAAUUCAGGGGCUGCAUCCUUUGAAGGACGCGGUCUACGAAAGCGUGCCCUAUUAGGGCUGUGUUGAUCCAUGGAGGCUGAACUGAAAUGAGACGGUCUGCUCUACGGCAGACUUCCCGUCCUUACCGCUGCAUCACGAAAAUCCCGUGCCGGUCAAGUUCUUUUAAAGUACUGUAAAAGCUAUUUGACACAGUUUACACACAGUGCAUACAUUUAAAGUGUCUCCUCAGCCAACGGUCGCUCUUCUGCUAACGCCACCAUGCUCUCAAAUCUUCGCUGGCACACAAUGAAUCUCAGGAUAUGUUGGCUGGCGAAAGAUCCACCCAUUGGAUCCUUUGUUGUCAUGGAAGAGAAGGACACAUUCUCGGCCGUAUACGAAGGAGCCUUCUUAAUUGGAUGACCUAGUCGCGCCACUGUGACGCAGUCAGCCUUCAAGUGCAGCCUCUGAGAGGAAGCCGCCCCGCAGCUAUAAUCUUAGGACCACAAGUGUAGGAUGUAACAACUCAAAAUUAGCUCAGAAAUUCUUUGAAUUUCUUAAAAAUUCAUUAAUAAUUACUUUAAUUGUUGUAAUUAUUACUUUAUUAAAAGUUACUACCUCUGACGGGAAAAAUAUUAAGAUACGGAGCCUCAGCAAUGCAAUGGUUGCUAAUGGACUAGGCUACUAUGCGAACUUGGCUAGCAAUGUCAAAGCAGCUAAAGCGAUUGAAAUUUCUGCUUAAUCUGUCUGUCAAAUGAUUAUUUUCCAUCAAAAAACCUAAAUGCCUGAUCUAUCCUAGAACGUUUCGCUCUCAAUAUAAACCUAUUUUGAAAUGUUUAUCUUUAGGUUUAUCUUUAGGUUUAUCUUUAGGUUGACAAGAUUUUUUGUAAUUUAACUUGUAAAGCUUUGUAUGUUGUGUCUUAACCAUAUUAGCCAAUCCGGGCCUAAGGAGAUUUCCUCUGUGAGGAGAGCAUUACUGGAUCCUCGAGGCCGUUUAACAGUCAAAGUACCAAUAAUGCUACCUACAUGCCACAAACAAGCUAGCGCUCCUGCGCGCUGAAACAGCGCCACAUGAAAGUUUGUCUAGAAUUGAACUUCAUCACUGUUAUAUACCAACACCAGCUACUCAAAGUGUAGCGUAUAACUGGUAGAAGGGACAUAUGACAAAGCGUGGAGUAUUUUGGUGAGGUCUUAUGUCAGUUUAACGCAUGUCAGUCAAUGCUAGGUUGCAUGUAGCGUAAAAUCUGGCAGGAAUCUGAGGAAAAAUGUUAGUACGGCAAAUCGUAUCAGCUUUGGAACAUUUCCAUUCGUUUUUGUUAGAGAAAAUGUCAAAAAUGUAGCCUAGAACUGCCAAAUCAAGUAGCAUUUCACAGAGCUUGGUGGUUAGCCUGGGGUAUUGUGGUGACAUGGCUAAUCUUGUGAUGUCAGUGUUAGCUUGGAUGUAGCAAAAGAUGUAUUGCAGCCAAAUUGACCUGGAAAUUCAGAAUAUCUGCGGAAGAAUGUUCCUACGGCAAAAAGUGUCCACUUUGGAAUGUUUUUGUGUCUGACAUCAGUGGAACACUGUUCAUUUUCUUGAAGGGAAAGCUAGCUUUGACCUGGAGUUGCUAAUAUGGAGGACACGACUUGAGGGGUCUAUUAAGGAACGUGUUUGUGGGCGGAGCUUGGAUAGGCCAUCUCUAAUAUUCAUCAUCAACAGAAUGUCUACUUUCCGCCUUUGCCUUAUCUCGUCUAGUCACACAUGGCUCUGCGUUGGUGCCCUGUGUCUCGUCUUUUCAUCGACAGCACAGCACAAACAGCCACUUUCUGGUGCCAUGUAGCUUCUCUGCCUUCUUCUCUGAUCUGUCGGAAAGACGUGCUCGGCUAUUUUCUCCCGCACAAACUGCACAGGAGUGUCGACAUGCUGCGAACGUUUGGCUGCCUGUCUUUAUUCCAAAAUGCCACUUGUGCACUUUUGUGAGUGUGUGUGUGUGUGUGUGUGUGUGUGUGUGUGUGUAAGCGUGUUCGGCUGGUGGAUAAAUAUAGCUUCUGCGAGAGGCUAAACAGGGUAGAAGAGGCGAUAGAUAUUUAGAAGUGAGGGGAGGGGCUCCGAGGGUAUUCAUAAACGGGACAGUGGAAAGGCUCCGAGGGGAUUCAUAAAUGGGACAGUGGAAAGGCUCAGAGGGAAUCUCGGAUGUUUUUAACCCCUUAAACUGCAGGCUUCACAAACAUUCAGACACACUGUUCAGUAACUAUUACGGAUUAUUUAGCAACUACUAUUAAAGGCCCAUCCUUUUUUUUUUUCAUUUUUGUUUAUGUCCUUGGGGUCUAGGAGGUUUUUAUUUACCAAAAAGAGUCAUGAUUAAUUCAUACAGGACCACCUAACCUCUGUUAAUCCCUUAGAAUUAAACAAGCUGUUCUGGUUAAUGUGCCUUUUAGGGCUGACCUGUUAGAGGCUGUUUUAAACCAAACAUUUUACUUGCCCUGUGCUUGUUUACUUGCUAUUUAACUAAUUAUGGUUCAUUAUGAUACAUAAAUAUUGUCAUUUCUAAGGGUAGUUUUGUGGACUUCUGUUCAGGGACUCGUUCAGAAACACAGCCGAAUAUUCCAAGCCUGUAAAAUGCUAUUCGGGCCGGACCAAAUGCCUUCAAAACUGACAUAAUGUGGCCGAUGUCUGUUCUGAUUGGCUGCCCUGUAUUGUGCCUCAUUCAAAAAGCAGUCCAGGCUGCAACACUGAUAACAUCAGUGGGGAAAUGGGCGGGGCUAAACUGCUGAACAUUUUUGUGACAUCAUAAAAACAGUGAGUUCAGUACAAGUCAGUUUUGCUGCCUAUUUUUCAUAUCACUGUUUUCGGAAGAAAACCUGGCGUCUCCAAAAUGGUCAUUUUACAGGAGAAG